GCCGAGCCUGUUGUGGCAGCGGUUCCGCCUCGCGGCCGCUCUCAACAGUAUUGCCGGGCCGAGUCGCGCCGCGCGGGUGCUUCGACGGCUCUGCUUCCCCUAGGCCACUCAUAAGGCGGCGGCGGCGGCGUUCGGAGAAUGCUGCGGGGCCGGCGCUGGCAGCUGCUGCGGCCGAUGCAGCCCUGAGCCCCGCGCACCGCUCGCCGGCACCGGCGGCACCGCCUCCCCCGCGGCCGGGUUCCCCCCCCCCAGCCCAGCACCGCCCGCCGGCGCCACCCGCCCCCCCCCGGCCGGGUCCCCGCCCGGCUCCCCCCGCGCUGGAGCCCGGGGCCCGAGCUGAGCGGAGCCCCUGAGCGCGGGAGCCGAGCUGCGGCCAGGAUGGCUUCGUCGUCAGGUAACGACGACGACCUGACCAUCCCGCGAGCUGCCAUCAACAAGAUGAUCAAGGAGACGCUGCCCAACGUCCGCGUGGCCAAUGACGCGCGGGAGCUGGUGGUGAACUGCUGUACCGAGUUCAUCCACCUCAUCUCCUCCGAGGCCAACGAGAUCUGCAACAAGUCGGAGAAGAAGACCAUCUCCCCGGAGCACGUCAUACAAGCACUAGAAAGUUUGGGGUUUGGCUCCUACAUCAGUGAAGUAAAAGAAGUCUUACAAGAAUGUAAAACAGUAGCACUAAAGAGAAGAAAGGCCAGUUCACGCUUGGAGAACCUUGGCAUUCCAGAAGAAGAGCUUCUAAGGCAGCAACAGGAGUUAUUUGCAAAAGCUAGACAGCAGCAAGCAGAACUGGCGCAGCAGGAAUGGCUACAGAUGCAGCAAGCAGCUCAACAGGCACAGCUUGCUGCGGCCUCCGCCAGCGCAUCCAACCAGGCAGGAUCCUCUCAGGAUGAAGAUGAUGAAGAUGAUAUUUGAAAUUACCAGCUGAGCUUGUCUGUAAGAAAUACUUUUCCUGCACAAUGAAAACAGUGAAAUGAAUGCUUACCUGUAAGUUCGUAUGCAUCAUGGACUGGCAAUUGGUAUUCUAAGGGUUCUGCUGUUGUGUGCUGUACAUGUAUAAACUGUCUUUUUUUGAACUCUUGAAGAUUUAAGGCUCAGUAUCAUAUCAACUUUGGAUUUUUAAUGGUGUAUAUGGAAAUUUUAGAUAGCAGUGCGUCAUUUAUUUGAUCAUUAAACAGUGUUACAAUGAACGAGUUUAUAAAAUAUAGUGAGAUUUAUACAAAAAGCUCUAAAUCCACAUUUGCAUUUCUUCCCUUUUAACUAAACUAUAAAAUCUUAGAAUUUUUAAUUGUUUUUUGAGGGAGUGGUACCGUAGAUGUAAUCUGUUAAUGGAAAAACAGCAGAGUUCAGCAUAGCAGAGUCUGAAUUCUUACUUCUUUUUAAAAUGAGGAUGUAUAUGGCAAUAAAUACUAUGUAUGCUGAAAUACCACACUUGUUAAAAUUUGAAAAUGAUACAUUUUCACCAAGCUAGGAGAAGGUAUGUUUAAUGGGAGUUGUACAAAUUCAGUCAUGUUUUGUAUAGGGGUGAAACAAACCCAUGGUUUUAUUACAACAUCCUUUGAAAGUCCUAACUGAAUAUUUCACUGCAAAGAUUGCCUGGUGUGAAGAACUAACUCUCCUGCUGUUUCACUCCAGUUUAAUGUUAGCAGUUGUUGGUGGUAUUUUGUAGUCCAGAGUUAUUCAUACUGUUGAAAUAUAAAGCUGGAACUUGAGGAAACAGGAUUGUUUUAGUUCCACUGACGUAACUGGGAAUGAUUUAAGUAUUCAAGCCUCAGAAUGCAAAAGCUGAAGCUAAGAGCAUGUUUGUCAUAAAGAGGGAAUUUAUUUAACCUUGACUAGUCAUUGUUGUCAGCAUAACGCUAACAUUCUCCAGACUAGAUUGCCACUGGAUUACUGAGAUACCUUGCUGAAAGAUAACAUUUUCUUCAUUCAGAUGGGUUCGUAGGUAAGUCCAUUUUUUUUUGUAAACUGUUCUCCGAGGGUGAUGAGCAAUACACAUAACAGAGACAACGUAGUAGUUCUUUUGGUAGUUGAUUUGGAAAUUCUGUUGAUUAAUGGAUGAGCAGCUGUUCUUUGUGUUGGAAAAAAGCACAGUAGUGUCCAUUGCUGAGUUUUAAUGUGUUACUUGAAGUAAUACUGGCAUAUCUUCUGGUACACUAAUCUGAGCAGACUAGAAAAGCCACUUGUGUGCUGCUGUAGGUGAUCCCAUAGCUCUGUAACAAUGGGGAUUGUUUUAUUAACUGAUAUCCUCAGCAAGUUGCUUGGCUUAAAUUCUUGAGGAUGCAAACAGAAAAUGGAGUGCCCGUUUUUACAUAAAGAUCUGAACAAGGUAAAAUUGGCAUAAAUUCAGAUCUCGGUCACACAGUAACUUUUGAUUUAAACUCCAGAUACAUUAAGCUGCAUAUUGAAUAAAUGUGAACACUUCCUUAAAUGCAUUAGUGCAGUGAAAACUCAGAAAAGUAUUUGUUUGAAUGUUUACAUUUAAAAAAGAAAAACAAAACAGACCCCCUUUUAUCGAUCCUAUAUGAAAUAUGGUAGGCAAGGUUUGACCAGGGAAGUGGUUUUCUGUAAAGGUUGAAGUACCAAAGGUAGAAAAUCUAGUCUAGUGAUUCAAUGUUAAUGUGCAGUGUUGGCUUUUCUAAUUUGUACAGUAACACCUUCACAUUUUCUAUUUUAAAUUAGUCUUUUCCUUUUAAAUAAUAUUAGGCGUAUUUUUCACACCUUUCUUUUCUGAUGCAGAAUUCAGGUUAACAUUUUACUGCAUCUGGUAUGUUUGGUGUAAUAUGUUUGGAUCCUUGUGACCUUUCUUUUGGACCUUCUUGUGCUUUUUCAUAUGCUGUAUUCUUCAAGCAAUAAAAUUCUGAUGUGUUUUUAUAAAAUUGCUUUUAUAUUUAAUGAAUAGUCUGUCUUCUUCAUUGCAUUUAUAAAGAAAAAAGUUGACUGCUGUUAUUUUGAUCCACUGAACAUCGCUUGUGACCAAAGUCUUUGCAGCCUGAGUGCUGUUGCUUGGCAUUAAUGUUCACUGGGGUUGUGAAUGCUUGCAGACAGUUUCUGGGAAGUGCAUUUUCUGUGUAUGCGUUUUUAUAACCUGACCGUCUUACCUUGAAAAGCUGGACAAACCCUCUUGUAGGUCAGGUAGAACCUACUGAGAUACUUCAAGUUUAACGAAGUGUAAGACCACAGGCAGAAGAAAUGAGCAUAUGUGUUAAUCUUCUGUCACUUAGGUAGUCUUGUUAACUUACUCAGCCAUUCCACCUCAACUAUGAAGAGUAAACUCUGGCAGUUGCAGGGGGAGAAUCUACCCUGAUCUUUCAACCAACGUAAGAAUCGUGUAUUAAUUUGUUGUGCAUCCCUGUCCUGGCUGUUCAGUGAGGACAAGAGAUUUCUGAGUUUGUGGUGCUGCUGAUUUUUUGGUAC